CCGGUCUGAGCGUAGCGGACCGUAAAUUUUCAGCUAAAGCGUCCUGUUAUGUUAUAGUUUAGCGUAUACACAGUCCGCUCUGCUCAGAGCGGUGCCAGCAAGAAAGCUACAGUGCGCGUGUACUAGUGACGGGACAGCGUAAGGCGUGGAAGAGGGUGGCGGUGCACCCAUCUGGCGCCUCAGUCGAUUUGCAGCGAAGCUGAGUUCGCAUCACUUGCACCUCUGGGAGACGCGCUUAUCAGAAAGGCGAAACCAACGCACCUGUCUGCAGUGCCUGAGUGCCGUGAAACCCGAUUCAGCAUGCUGGACGCUCUGAGCUCCCUCGUGGCCGUCGCCAGCACGGGCCUCCAGCAGCUGGGCAACGCGGCGGCGUCCAUGGUGACCGCCUCUUCCGACUUGGCGCCGGCCGCAAGUGACGGCGCCGGCGAUGGCAAGCCCAAGCUGCCUUGGUACACGCUGCAGGAUGUGUACCAGCAUUGCCACCAAAAUGAUCUCUGGAUCGUGAUUCACAACAGGGUGUACGACGUCACGAACUUCCUGGACAAGCAUCCAGGUGGCCAGGAGAUCCUGUGGGAGCAUGCAGGCAGGGACGCCACCUUCGCAUUCAUGGGCACCGGCCACACCCGAGAAGCGGUCAGCAUGCUGCAGCAGUACUGCAUCGGCAUCCUAGCCGAGGAGGAACAGCUGAAUAUAUUCAACGACAUGUCCUUUCAAAUGGCCGUGACGGCACAGUCAUAAGCGGCGCAGCGGCGACUAGCAAAAUGCACGUUGGCCCGGCCUCAACUUCAUGGACAUGUGUGGUCUCCAUCAUCAUCGUUUACUUCCCACCAUCGUGCUUGUGUGUGUGCUGCGGCGUAUAUUUAUUGUCGUAUUCGUUAUAAAUAAAGCGCUUGCAGUGUG